UAUGAGUUAUAUUUAAUAAUAUGUAUACUCUUUAGUCAAAGAUAGAUGGUUAUAGGUUCGAACUACUUUUCACCCAAUAUAUUGAUUACAGACAAUAUUUCCGUUCUUGUUAGGGUACACUGUUUAGGGGUAAUAUGCAGAGUAAAUUUAAAAAUGAAAGAGACACUAUGUUGCAAAAUCGUCUACUUGGAUACUCCCUGGACACUGGGUUGGCAUUAAAGUCUUAAACAAGAGUGUUGUUUGAAGAAGAAAAUAUGUUGCUCAUUGACUUUUCUGCAUUCAAUGCUAUGUAGGUAAUGCAUUGAAUACAUUUUCAAGUUCAUCUCAAUGUUAGUAGACCUAUUAUAGUUACCCAAUAUGUCAACACCGACUUAUGGCGUAUUAUGGUAAAGGUGUUAAUAAAGGCCAUGGUAUAAAUAACUUCAAAUUAGUCAAAAUAUGUCGUAAAUAUUAUUGUACAUAUAAAAUAUAUUAUAUUAUUAAUUUACAUGAUAUCGAAAAGUUUAGUCCCCAAGAACAAUAUGUUUUUAAAGCAAUACAACUAAGACCGAGACAGAUGUUUAACUUGGCGACGAGCUGACCUCUACCCCACCCAUAUAACUAUAUAAGUAUAUAACGAGUACAGAAGGAACCUCGGUGGCGACUUUUUUUCGUUUGCUAUAGUGCCAUACUGCCAUACUGCCAUGUAGUAAAGAAACACACCCUUGUGCAUAAAUCGGCGAUAUUCCUUACCGGUGUAACUCAAGUCGUAACCUUGAAUGAUAUAAUGGAAAAAGUCUACCUAGUACCUACUACGGUAUUUUGAUGAAAAUUGAAGGUACAUUAGGAAAGUUAGAAAAACAAACAGUGGAAAAUCGAUUAAACAUUGUGUGUCAACAUUUUGCUGAAGACAAACCAAAUAUUCUCAUUUUUUUUGAAAAUUGCAAAAACCUAUAAGCCUGUAUCUACUAUUUUGUGUAUCUCAAUAAAUUUUAGGUUUAAGAACAUGAUCAAUGGAUAUAAAUUACUCAAAAAAAAAUAUUUAUUCACAUCAGGUGACACAGUUGUAACUGUUAUAAGGAUAUAAGGACAGAUUCUGCCAUCUAUGGGCAAGUCCGUGGUGAUUUUAAGUAAAGUAAAGGAAUUUCAAUUCAAUACCUACUUGGGCGGAGGAACAGCAGGUAUUGCUGUAGCUUCGCGUUUAGCAGAAAAUGAAGCACAUACCGUUUUAUUAAUUGAAGCUGGACCCAAAGUGUCAUUAUUACACGAUAUACCUCUUGCCACACCAAUGUUCCAAAAGUCACCAAUUGAUUGGAAACAUCAGACAGAGUCACAACAGGACGCAUGUCUUGCAAUGAAAAAUAAUUCUAGUCAAUGGCCCUCAGGAAAAGUCUUAGGGGGCAGUAGUCGCAUCAAUUUCAAUAUUCAUAUAAGAGGUCAUAUUUCUACAGAUUAUUUAUCGUGGCAAUCUGAACAAGAUUGGACCAAAGAGGAUGUGCUUUACUACUUCAACAAAUAUGAAAAAGCUGAUACAUAUAAUAGAUCACCCAAUAAAAAACAAUUCUUCAGUCGUCAGCCAACACAUGUGACGCCAAUUGCAACAGCUAUACUUGAGGCGGCCAAUGAGUUGGACUUUAAUACUUCAUUUGAUAUGAACAACGAUGGUUUUCAUAUUUCCAGACGAGAUGGUGGUAGUUUCUCGUUGACACCAGUGUCAAUAAGAACAGGAGCAAGAUUAAGUGCUGAACACCUAUAUUUAAAAUCAAGAAAAAAAAAAAACUUAACUGUGCUCACAAAUGCUCUAGUUACAAAGGUGCUGUUUAAAUAUAAUUACGAAGCAAAUGGAGUUAUGUACAACAGAUUUGACCAAGUUUAUAAAGUAUAUGCACUUAAGUCGGUAGUCAUGUCUGCAGGAACAUUGAAUACGGCAAAAAUACUUUUAUCGAGUGGUAUUGGACCAGCACACCAACUUAAACCAUUAGAAAUCCCUGUAAUUGCGGAUUUAGCAGUGGGAGAAAACUUACAAGACCACAUUAUUACUGGAUUGGAUAUGAUAACUUUAGAAAAAUCAUUGGGCUUAACUUUUAAAGAUUUUAUAUCACCAAUAAACAUUUACAAAUACUUUUUCAAAGGAACUGGCAUCUGGACACAUCCAGGAUGUGAAGCUGUUGGUUUAUUACAACUACCAUCAGAUAAAAAAAACUUCUCAGUGUCAUCCCCCGAUUUACAAUUUAUGCUUUUACCUUAUGGGGUAUCAUCCGAUGCAGGAGCAGCAUACUUCAACCACUUGAAUUUUAAAAAUAAAAUUUGGAAUGAAUAUUUUCAACCACUUGUGGGAAGACAAGUCAUUUCAUUAGCACCAGUACUAUUGCAUCCUCAAAGCAGUGGAUACGUGAAGUUAGACAUUAAUCGUGAAAUUGUUGUUCAGCCAAAUUAUUUACAAAAAUCACAUGAUGUCAAUGUGUUAGUCCAAGGAAUGAAAUUGGUGAAAAAAUUUGCAGAAACCAAAACAUUAACUAAACUCGGUGCUAAGUUUAACACAAAACAUUUUCCUGGUUGCAAAAAAUAUAAGUUCGGAUCAGACCAUUAUUGGGAAUGUUACAUUAGACAUAUGACAUUAACUUCUUAUCAUCCCGUUGGAACAUGUAAAAUGGGAAGUAUCUAUAAUAAAAGUGUAGUGGAUCAUUCAUUGAGAGUGUAUAAAUUAAAUAAAUUGUAUGUGAUUGAUGCAUCAAUAAUGCCUUCCAUGCCAAGUGGGAAUAUAAACGCUGUUGUUGCAAUGAUAGCUGAGAAAGGAGCUGAUCUAAUAAAAAAGCAUUGUUUUCAAAGGACUCAAAAAUGUAAAAUCACAGACUUCUUAUAUUAUGGUAAUAAAUAAUAA